UGGCACACAAAAUUUCUUCACUUCCUAACAGAAACUUACUGUGAUGGCUGAAAGUUUUAAGUUUUUCUUAAGCUUAAAAAAGCUGGCUUGACAGUUGUACACAACUGAAGUACAGGGUCCCAUGUUCUCACCCAGAUCUGCAACUAAUGGGAAAGAAACAGACACCUUUUUCUCCUGAAAAGAAAAACAGAAGUGUUCCUAAAGAGAAGGGGAGCCAACACUUGUUUCGAUACAGGGGAAUUGCUGCCUUUCUUGGAAGGGGGGAGCCUCUGAGCCCGUUGCACUUUCUCUUGAAAAGAAGUUGUUGGUUUCGCCUUAAUUUUUCUGUGUCCAGAUCAGAACUAAUUCUUUAACAAGCAGGUAGAGGAGUUGGCUUCCUUAGACACAACAGGAGCAGUUCAUCAACAUCUGAUGCCACUUGAGAGUUGAAUACCAAGCUCAAAAUCUGCCAUUUUCACCAGUCUAAUGAAGUCUUUAUGGAUAAAAAUGUGAAGAACAGUCAUUAUGCUCCUGAAAGAGAAAUUUGCUGUUGUUGAAUAUUAGUUUUCCUACCACUGCAGAGGAAAAAUAAAGUGCCUCAAUCUGGGCAGCAACAAACAGCUGCUCUUGUUCCUGUUCAGAGCUGUCCUUCUGGCUGCAUUUGGAGUAAGUCUUCUUUUAAUGUCAGUCUUCUGACUGUUCCUGGAAGUGGCCUGAAGGACAAGGAAGCUCGUUCCUGUUUGUCCAUGGAGUUCCCAUUUUUUCACGGAAAGAUAACAAGGAAAGCCUGUGAAGAACUGCUGUGCAAGAAUGGAAAGAAUGGUAGCUAUUUAAUACGAGAAAGCGAAAGCGUGGAAGGAGCCUUGUGUCUGUGUGUUUUCUUUGAAGAACUCAUCUACACUUACCGUAUCUUCAGGGAAAAGCAAGGAUAUUAUAAAAUACAGACUUCUGAAGGUAUUCCAGAAAAGGUAUUCAGAACAUUAAAGGAUUUAAUAUACAACUAUGAGAAACCAAACCAAGGACUAGUAACAAAUCUUCGCUACCCAGUCCAGAAAACAAAGCCCCUACAAAGAAGCCAGAGGCUCAAGUUAGGAAAGGAUGACAUUUAUGAUGAAAUUGAUGAAAGUGACUACGUUGCUGUCUUACCCUGAAUGAUCUGUGAUCUGAUGAUUUGAAAAGCCACCUUUCUAGGCAGCACCACAGCAAAACAGGACAGCUGGGGAGAGUUAAUGGUUGGAUAUUCACAGCAGUGGAUCUAUACCUCUGGAAUUAGUGCCUUUUGGAGACUGUCAGAGCAACUGUAUUCUGCCUCAGUAGAUCCAGUACAAAAUACUGUAUAUUUUUGUGCAUUAUUAAGAGAAUUAUUUUUUUGACACAUGCAUACAUAUACAUAUAUAUGAGGGGAAAGGGGGUUGUGUGUGUUUGUGCAUUUUGUGUUUUUGUUUUGUUUUGUUUUUAGCAAACUCUCCAAGGUAUCAACUGCUGAAAUGAAUAAUCUGUUAGAAAGCCAGCAAUGUGAAGACAAUAAAUGAAUGUGCUUGAAGCCCUAGUUUAUGGCAAAAAUGAUAUAUGUUGAUAAAAAUGAUAUAUGCUAAAAAUUUUAUUUGCAUCACAUGAUGCUUAAAAACUGUUAUUUUGUUUGUGAUUCAUGUUACUUCAUUGUUGGAUAUAUGGGUAGUAGUUCAGCUGUGUUAAGGAAUACUAGUAUUAUCCUGCAGGUUGGAAUAAUCUAAAUUAAAACAAAAAGGUUGUUGUAAAUUCAUGCCUUACAAAAUUAAUCAGUAACAUGAAAAUGAUUUGAAAUAUUUUUCAUAUUGAUGAAUGGUUCUGGUUUAUAAUUAGAGGAGUGCAAGUUCAACAUCUGUGUAGUUACGCACAUAUUUUUUUUUCCAAUAGGUACUGCAUACAUGAGAAUGCUUCCAUUUCAUUUACCACUGCCAUUAGCUGCCAUUACUGUUAUGUGUAUGGGUUUUAUUAUUUUUUAAUGUAAGUACUUCCUUUAAUCUUUAACCCCUUGCUUUAAAUAUUUAAUGUAUGUGUGUGUUCUGAAGGUGGCCUGUAACUGCCAGCUAAAGUCAUAACUGGAGUGUAUGUCCUGAUUCUUCCUGUUGCUAGCACCAACUCCCCCUCGGUCAGUAAUCUUGUGGAAGACAUUUAUAUUUUCUGUAUGUUUAAGGUCUUUCACAAAUGAUUUAUGCAUUCAUUUUAGUAGACUUGUUUCUUAUUAUACGUCUUUUCCACCACUGUUUGUUGAAAGGCUUUUAGAUCCUUCAGUGCUUUGGACUUCAUUGUGACCUUACUAAUGGUUUUUGGUGCCAGGAUAAAGUGGUACUUGUUGCAUGAAGGAGACAAAAACUAAGAAGAAAAACUAAUUCUCACAUUGUGAAAAGUACUAAUAUGUGUCCCAAAAAAGGAAUUGAAAAAAAAGCAAGUGUUCUUAAAAAACAGUACUAUUGGAGGUGGGGGAAAUCCUUCCCUCUCUAGAAGCACAUACACUGGUGUGUCUUCCCUACUUGGAGAAUUCAACAACUUGCCCAAUACUUGGUUAUCACAUGUAUCAGACUAAGCAGCUGCCAUGCUGAUAUCCAAACUAGUGCACCUUGGUCUUCAACGGUAUAAACACUGCAGUUUUUCUGUAAUGAGAGUCUCAGGAGUCCUCCAUGGGCUUUAUCAGUCGGACUUAUGAUCGGCCUUAGGAAAAGGCAAGCGACACCAGAUCCAGGACUGUGCUUCAUGACCCUGAUGGCGUGACUCCUGAUGCCUGAAGAGCUGACCAUGACAAUGGACUGGUCUGUGGCGCUUUUUAGCUGGCAACUGCUGUUUCACAUGCCGUACUGCAUGAGCGCUGAGUUAGUGUUACAGUGGCUGAGGCUCCAGACACUGCAUCUAUAUCCAGUGGUACAUCCAGGCCCGUACAGCCACGACUUCCCUCCGAUGCCUAGAGCACUGUGCCAGGCAGCUGAAGCACAGACCCUGUGACAGAUCAACUACUUAAAGUUUGGAGCAAAGGCCCUGAAGAAAAGGAAAACGAUGUACAAUACACAGCUGUAUUUUGUAAGAAUAAAAUAUUCUGUUAACAGUAUGAGGGGAAGUGGUUAAUAUGCACAUCUCCAAACGAUCAGCAUGCCUAGUACACGGGAAAAAAAAUCGUGGGCAUGCUUCCAAAAGGCACGCUCAAAAGUUUCAGCCCCCAGCAGCAACUCCCUAACAUCGCAGUCGCACGGGGAGGGCUAUCCCGGCGGAAGCGCCCACCCCAGGGGCUCCAUGUCCCGGCUU